AUGAACAUGUCGAAAUUUCAUUCCUGCCCCUCCAAGUUGAAUUUUAAUGAUGCAGCUGAGGUGCUCUUGAUGACUCAGAAUUCUGGCAGUAUCGCUCCAUCAAGCCAUGCCAAGGACUACAAUGAGGGAGCAGGAUAUGGGCAAGGUUGCCAUACCUAUUCUUGUGGAUAUUAUAACUACCAUAAAUUGCUAUGUUAUCAGGCUGGAGCUACAGACCUACUAGACAAGGCCUUUGACUUGGAUGCUGCAGACAAGCUUCAAAAUGACUUGGAGGAUGUUGAUGUUUGGAAAUCUCAGUGUUCAAAUCAGCUGCCACUUACUCCAACUCACCAGAAGAGAAAGCACUCUGGGUCUGACUUUAUUGAAGGACACACUCAGGCUGUCACACCUCAGCGCCACUUUGGCCAUAAUAUUUUGAAUGGGCAGCGGAGAGCAUCAGUGCCAGCCCUACCAGUAUCAGAAGCUGCACCACAUUGGAAGUGGGGGAAGUUAGUACCUGAGUCUGAAGCUCUGAGUCUACUAUCUGUAGCUGAGGCACUACUGAAAGUCGCAGGAGGGAUUGAGGCAGCAAUCAAUAGGCAAACAAAACUUCUUUCUUUGAUCUUAAAUGCUAAUGAAACUCAAGGGGGUAGUACUAGUGAUUAA